AUUAUUAUUAUUAUUAUUAUUUCUUUUUGGUUUCAAUUUCUGCGAUAAAAAAUUACAGAGGUUAUCCGCUCCCUAGGGUUCCUUUUCCUGCCCCAACCUAAAUAUCUCCCCGAUUGAGCCUCUGCCAUGAAUUCUCCUCACUGUACAGAUCUUCGCUUCUCCCCACGAUAUUUCAGCUGAGACUCUCUCCCUCUCUCGACAUCUUUCUCCCUCUUUCUCUCACAUUCUGGGUCGGGUUUGAAUUAUUUGCGGGUUUUGUUCUUUGGGUUUUUUCUGGCGCUGCCGGUUUUGGAUAUGGAUGGGUUUGAUGGUGGGAGUUGUAUUCAAGAGAGUCCCAGUACGAAGCCCCACGAUCUUAAGCAGUUUGCCGAGAACUCCACAGGAGAUGCAGUAUUUGAUGCAUCACAAUAUGCAUUUUUUGGUAAAGAUGUAGUUGAGGAAGUUGAGUUGGGGGGAUUAGAAGAGGAAGAGGAUAACUUUCCUGCUGUAGAAUUUGAUGAUGGGGAUUUUAUGUUGGAUAGAGAAGAGGGUGAAGUUUUAGAUACCUUUUCAGAUAUUGAUGAUCUUGCUAAUACUUUUAUAAAGUUGAACAAGGUUGUUAAUGAACCAAGAAGUGCUGGGGUUAUCCGUGAUUGGGGAUCAAGGGAAAGUUCAUCUGCAGCUGAAUGGGCACAAGAGGCAGAUUUUCCCAACUGGUUUGAUCAGCAUAUAUGUGAUAAUGAAGGUAUUCAGGAUGGUAAAAGAUGGUCAUCACAGCCACAUUCCUCUUCUGCUUGUCUUUCCGAUUCAAAGCCUCUGCACAGAACAUCUUCAUACCCUGAGCAGCAGCCACAACCACACUUCUCCAGUGAACCAAUUCUAGUGCCAAAAUCUUCUUUUACUUCAUAUCCUCCCCCAGGUGGCAGAUCACAGCAGGCUUCACCAAACCACCAUUCACAAAACAUGAAUGUUCCAUAUCUUCCUGGUGGGCCCCAAAUAGCUCUGCCUUCUCCAAACCCUUCUCCCUUCUCUAACUCGCAGCUUCAAUUGCCUGGCUUACCUCAUGGGUCCCAUUUUGGUGCAAAUAUGCCUCCAUUUACUCCUGCUAUCUCUGUUAAUAACCGACCACCAAAUCAUUGGCAUAACCAGACUGGUUUGUUUCCUGGAGAUCAUCCCUCUCUCCUGAACAAUUUACUGCAACAACAGUCACCUCAUCAAAAUGGGUUGAUGCCACCACAGUUAAUGCCACAGCAGCAGUUGCGGCAGCAUAGAGUACAUCAUCAAGUUCAGACAUCAUUUGGUCAUCUAUCAGGGAUGCAAUCCCACCUAUUUAAUCCCCAUAUUUCUCCAGCCCCACCCAUAAUGAGUAAGUAUGAUUCAAUGCUUGAUCUGGCCCAUCUAAGAGAUCAGAGACCUAAAUUGUCACAAAAAAAUAGGCAGUAUCUUCGUUUUUCUCCACAGGGCUCUGAUACCAGUAGCCAGAAGAGUGAUGGUGGGUGGCCACAAUUUAGAUCCAAGUAUAUGACAGCUGACGAAAUUGAGAAUAUCCUUAGAAUGCAGCUUGCUGCAACACACAGUAACGAUCCAUACAUAGAUGAUUAUUACCACCAGGGCUGUCUUGCAAAAAAAUCUGCAGACGCAAGGUUGAGACACCAUUUCUGCCCAACUCACUUGAGGGAUCUUCCUCCACGAGCCCGUGCUAAUGCUGAGCCUCAUGCUUUUCUCCAGGUUGAUGCCCUUGGGAGGGUUCCAUUUUCCUCAAUUCGAAGGCCUCGCCCUCUUCUUGAGGUUGACCCUCCAAAUUCAUCCGUUGCCAGCUGUACUGAGCCAAAAGUUUCAGAGAAACCCCUGGAACAGGAGCCAUUGCUUGCAGCAAGGGUCACCAUUGAGGAUGGUCUUUGUCUCCUCCUUGACGUAGAUGAUAUUGACCGGUUCCUGCAAUUCAAUCAGCUCCAAGAUGGUGGUGCACAGCUGAGGGGGCGGCGGCAGGUCCUGCUUGAAGGGCUGGCAGCUUCGCUUCAACUUGUUGACCCACUAAGCAAAAACACUCACACAGUUGGGUUGGUUCCCAAGGAUGAUAUUGUAUUCUUGAGAUUAGUCUCUCUUCCCAAGGGCAGGAAGCUCCUCUCAAGGUACCUCCAGCUCAUUUUUCAAGGCAGCGAGCUUAUCCGAAUAGUCUGCAUGGCCAUAUUUCGUCAUUUAAGGUUCUUGUUUGGUGGCCUUCCAUCUGAUCCAGGAGCAGCUGAAACAACUUCGAGUCUUGCAAAGGUUGUUUCUGAAUGUGUUAGUGACAUGGAUCUUGGUGCGCUAAGUGCUUGUCUUGCAGCAGUUGUUUGUUCGUCCGAGCAACCUCCUCUCCGACCACUUGGAAGCUCUGCUGGAGAUGGGGCUUCCGUUAUUUUAAAAUCUGUUCUAGAGAGGGCAACUAAACUCUUAACCAGUCCUCGCUCUGUGAGCAGCUGCAACGUGCCUAAUCGUUCUCUGUGGGAGGCCUCAUUUGAUGAAUUCUUUGGCCUUCUCACCAAGUACUGCUUCAAUAAGUAUGAUAGUAUUAUGCAGUCGCUACUUGCGCAGGCCCCACAAAAUAUGGCUGUUGGGUCAGAUGCAGCAAGAGCCAUUAGUAGGGAAAUGCCUGUUGAGCUUUUACGUGCCAGUCUUCCUCACACCAAUGAGCAUCAGAGAAAGCUUUUAUUGGACUUCGCACAUCGCUCCAUGCCUGUAGGUGGGUUUAAUGGACAGGGUGGUGAAAAUGGGGGUCAUAGUAGGGGUAGUGGUGGUUAUGACUUUUUGAAAGGGAACCGGGACUUGUGAUAGCAUUGGGUUUUUCUGUUCUUUGCAUGCUUCUAUAUAUUGUUUAGGAGCAGAUGAGGCAGUACUGGGGCAAAACAUGGAACUUAUUGGAGCAUCUAUUAUUGGAGUCCACUUGGUACUUUUCAGAUUUAUCACCUCUCCAACGGUGCAUGUGCUUCUUUGGGAAUAGUAAGCAGGUCUUCCCGUGUAGUAUGUUGAAAUCUUGUUCUUUUUACCUCUUUAUUUAAUUUCCUCCCCCUUUCCCCUUUUUGCCCUUAGGAGGGGGCAAGAGCAAGAGCUUGUUUUGAUGCUCUGUUAUGAAACCAGAUAUAAGUGGUUUAAGUAGGGUUUAGAAUGUACAGGCUUUCAUUACAGGAGUUUCCCAUGCUCUUUACUAUUAUAUUUUGAGGAGAUGGGAAGGAUUUUGAGAUUUCUUCUUUCAGAAAUGUGGUGUCUGUAUUCUUAUGUUAGAAAUGGGAUUGGUAGCAUGUGGACAUACUGUUCUUUUAAUACGUUGAUGCUGGGUUGCUCUCGAACUACAAAGAAAGGUGUAACAAAUGGUGGAGCGGUGUUUCUUUUAACUUUUCCUGCAGAUUUUUUUUGACUCUUGUAUUUUUAUGUUUAAAUUUAUUAUCGUUGCUGUUGCAUUCAUAUGAUCUGGUUAAAAAUCUUCUAGUCCUCGGAUUGCACCAGGGAUCUUAUUUACCCCGUUUAAGCUGGGUGAUGAUAGCCGUUCAAGUCUUUUCUGAUCAGGAUGCCUUAUAUCUUAAAGAUAUGACUGGGGCCUUGACCACUAUAGCUGCGCGCACCAAAAAGACACGGGGUGAUCAAUGUUGUGUGUGUGUGUGUGUGUGUGUGUGUGUGUGAGAGAGAGAGAGAGAGAGAGAGAGAGAGAGAGAGAGAGUAGGGUUUCAGAUGUAAAUACACAUGGUUCUACAUUUUACUUGUUCUGAAGCUCAUGCAGGUCACGGGGAAUCUUUCAUUUGACCUAUAAGCCAGAACUUCAUCGUGUUGGGUGUGCACAUGAUCGAACUAUCGUGGGCCUGCCUCUUGUCAAUGUAAUUUUUUGUUCAGAUUUUUGGACAACUAGUAAGAUUUGGUUGGCCCAUAAGCUUUUUUUCUCAUACUGAGAUGGUAUUGUGCCAUUUGUGUUUUUAGUGCUUUAUAUUCUCUUUGUAUGGAUCAUGUGGCCCUACUAUAAUAUGAAGGGUCAUAUGUCGUAUGGUUCCAUAGGGAAUUUCUGCUGUUCAAUCUGGAGUUUGCUCAAUACUUUGAUGAUGAAUAUGUUUAUGUUUUGCCGGUGUUCA